UCUCUCAUUGUGUUGUAGCAUGAAGAAAGAUUAUCUCUCUACUACUCACCCUGUGGAGGCUGAAGUCUCAGCGAGGCUGAGGAGAGUUGCCCCUACAGCAGACUCCGAUGCCAGCCAGACUGAUGUGUCUGCCAGUGAGGAGGGGAUAGAUCUUGGCGAUAGUGACGGUGACCACGUCUUCCACAGACGGUACCUCCAAGCCCAGCUAGCCCUGUCUUCAGGAGCCUCCAGGCCUGGGGAGAGACAGGGGUCUGGGGAGGAGAGACAAGGUGGGGCUGGGACGGACCCCUUCAUACAGGCCAGCCUGACUGCUAACACUCAUAAUGCUACACAGUAUGCUGUGUUAAACACAAACAGCUGUUCAAAGCCUUCAGAACCUUCCACUGUAGAACCAAUGAAGUCUGAGGUUCCGUCCUCAAAGAAGGUUACGCUUGUAGAACCCACCAUGACCUCGCCCAUUUUGGUUGCCGAACCUCAAGAGGGCAAGGCUGCCAGCUUAACCCCUAAAACAUCCAAAUUACAGAAGAUCGCUCCCAAACCUUUCCCCCCUAUCCCCUCACCUUCACCUCCAACCCCCACCGCCUCACCCUUUGCCGUCCCAAAGCCAUGGAAGAAGGGGCGGAAAUCAGGGGGCAAUCGUUGGGGCAAUGCAGGAAAAGUCACUAAGGGGACUAAGGUGGCGAAAGCGGCUGUCACGUUAACAAGCAGCCCGGUAACUGUCGCUAUGCAGCCGCAACUGGACGACGUGGAGGGUCUACUUUUUGUGUCCUUUACUUCCAAGGAAGCUCUUGGUGUCCAUGUGGAGGAUAUGCCACCAAGUAACACGUCACCAGUCGUGCAGGAACACCCAGAGAAAACUGAUGGAAGCAGGUCCUUUGUCUCCAGGACAGGGAAGACCAGUGACCUGACCAAAAUCAAGGGUUGGAGGGACAAGUUCAUCAGGACCAGAGUGUCCUCUCCGAACCCCAACCGCUCUGCCUUCUGCAGCGACAUGCUCGACCAGUACCUGGAGAGAGAGGCCCAGCGAAUCAGAGCCUGCACCGACGCCUUCUCCCACAACCCCCUGGGCUCCGUGGCCUAUCAGCUACCUGUGACCAGCUACGUGCGGACCCAGGAGAGCGUUUUGAAGAUGCACGCCCCUCCGCCUCACCCACCUGCCUUCUGUAGACCCUGCCCCCUCUCCCAGAAACCUCUUCUGUACGCUGCUCUAAAGAAGCCCCCUCCACCUAUCAAAGACCACGUGACCCCUCCUAAAGCAGCCAAGCCCAAACCAAAACAUGCACCGCCACAAGGCAAACAGCACCAUAUAACACCAGAACAGUGCAAAGGCAGAUUCGCCUCUGUACUACGGCCCAUUCAGGACUCCAACAGUAACAAAACAACUGCUGCAGAAGCUACAGCUGAGGUGAAAGUCACCAGCCCUAAUGCACAAAGGUCACUUCCAGGUAAGGGGGCAGUGAGGAGGGACACCAGCCCAGGAGGAAGCCUCUCCAGCGGGUUGAGUGGCCUUUCUAAGAUCCAGCUGAAAAUGAUGGAGAUGGAGGAUGCCACGUUCUACCAGGGACACGACAGAACACACAUCACUACUGAGAGGGUGGAGAAGGCCCUGAUGGCCCUGCUCACUGCACAGGGUCUUUCUAAGAUUAGAGUCCCCAAUGCCAGCCCAGUGGACGGUCCAGAGUGUGGUUCUGAGUUCUGCAGGCUGGGGUGUGUGUGUUCCAGCCUGGCCCGGGUGUCCAGGGGUCCACUCCACUGCUACAGGCCAGACUGUAUGUUGGGCUGCUCCUGCUUCAAAUGCAAGAUCACCAAACAGACCACAGCAGCAGAGAAUCACCAGAACCAGAUGCUUCCCGUUUACACUAUGUCUAAGGUGGACCAUGAGGUCCAGCCCAAUCGAGGCAUCCGCGUCUUUACCCUGUGGGACCUCACCUCAGGGGUGGACCCAGAGCCCCUCUUCAUCCCCAAAACUGCUGCCAACAUACCCAUCAAGCCUCUAACCAGGAUCUACCACCCUCGUCUCACCCCUAAGCUGCGAGAGGAGGACAAGGACCCAGUCCACAAGUACGUUGAGAGUGUGAUGACGUGUGCCAGCGUCAGAGAGUUCAACACCAAACCCACUCCCCAGGUGCUGCCACCACAGGUGCACCUAUUCAACGACAGUAACGGUUUCAUCAUCCCCAGCAGCGGAAAGAAGAAGAUUGCUGCCAUCCUCUCACCUCCAACUAAACCAGUUGUACCAAUGAAGAGUCCUCCCACCCAGGCCAAGAAGCCUGAAGGUCCUCCUGAGCCCACCAUAGAGCUGGAGAUCCAGUCAGAGUGUAACUGGUACCAGCAUCAGAAACUGGUCCUGGGGGUUCUGUGUCGACGCAUGGCCCAGAACCGUCUGUCCGAACCCUUCAACAUCGGCCGCUACCACGUCCGCCUCCUCUCCAACACACACACAUGCAAGGCCGAGGGCAACAUCAUCAUAUUCAAGGUGUGCAUCAGUAAGGCUGAAGACGACAAUACCGAUGAUGUUGACCAAUCCGAUAGUGAAGUCACAGAUGACAGUGAUGAAGAUGAGAAGGAGGAAGAGGGCUUCCCUAAGCCAGAGCCUGAGAAGCCGGAGGUGCAAGUCGGCGUGACUUGCUUUCUGACUGGAGUGGUGCCAGCAGGCAGACUGAGAGCCAGGAAGAAACAACCAGCCUGCCCUGCUGUAGGACUCAUCCAGGUGAACGGUAAAUCAUACUCCCAGGCCCGGCUGCUGCUGGGGCAGAUGGGAGCUCUGCACCCGACCAAUCGGCUGGCCGCGUUCGUCACCGGAAGGUUGCGCUCUGUAGCGAAGGGCCCUCAGAAGCCUCUCUCCUGCUCACCCAGGUUGAAGAAAACACCUGGGGGUGCUGGGCCCUUCAAGACAGCAGGCACAGCUGUUACUCCUUUAGGCAGUAGUAGUGUGACAUCUAUGUCUAUGGCCCAGAAAGUAUUCCAGACACCAGCAGGGAAGAACACGCUUCCUCCCUACAAACCACCAUGGUCCCUAGGUGUCACCAAAUCUAAAGGAAAAACCUCCACUAGUCAAACCACCACCACCYCAGACCCUAAAGACCCAGCCGGCUCUCACCUGCUGCUGAUCCCCAUGGCCCCUCCUCCUGCCCCAGGCUCUCGUCCUGGUGUGGUGCCCCCUGCAGGGAAGAAGAUGCUACUACAGACAGUCGCUUCCUCCCAGGGCUGUAAAACGUAUCAUCAGACCAACGGACACCUGAUAAAACCGGUACCUCUGAAUCAGAUAUGUCACAUAGAGGCCAAGAAUCAAAAAAAUACCCCUGGUUCUGCUAUCAAGCCAUCUACCCGCAAAACACUCCCCCCUCCCCCCCAUCUCACCUCCAUCCACAACCCUCCCCACUCCCCCCACAUCAAAUUCAUCACAGGCCAGUCGGGUGCCUUCACCCCAUCCCAGACCUCAUCGUCUUCCCCCGUCUCUCUGACCAUCUCCUCCUCCCUGAAGACCCCCAGCUUCCUGGGCCAGAUUGGGACCUACUCCUUCAGGAUCUGUUCACCUAUUGCAGGGGACCAGGGCACAAGGGGCCCAGGCCAGGGCACCAUGGAAGGCCCAGCCGGAGUGGCCCUGCCUGGGGGCUUCACCCUCAUCCAGCUCCCUAAACCUGGAGGUACUGGUGGUUCUCCCAGCCUACCCAAACUAAUCAGAACCACAGCUGUGGGUGAAGCGGUAGCAGCCAGAACUUUGCAGCAAGGAGUGCCUCAUCUGGAGACCAAAUCUUCCUCUGGACCUGCAGGUGGAAAGGCCCAGAAGAACCAGAAAGGAACCUCUUCUCCCUCACCUCUAGCCUUGAUAGAAGUUCAAACGGAGACUGUGCAAUCUGCAAAAUUCUCCUACACCCCAGAGUUAAAUACCAAUACACCUGACUCCAGAUUAGCUCUAGCCCAGAAGAAACAGAGUCUGACUCAGUCAAAGGGCCUUAAAUCUGACCUUAGAUCAGCCAAAGUCAAUUACUCUAGUCCCACAGAGCUGACCUGUGAGGUGGGGGAGAGGGGUGAUGUGGGGGAGGGCUCGCGACCGUGGAGCCCAGAAUCAUAUCAGAAAGACACAAAGUUCAGUCAGUUUACGACUCUGAGAAUGCAUGAGAACGGGCAUCCUGAUUUUAAUGUUGAGGACUCGGACUCGGAUCCGGGUGACUCGUCGGAUGACUCGGAUUCCGACAGUGAUAAAUAUGCCGAGGAAGAAGAGGAGGAAGCGGUUGACAUUGAGACGGUGGAGGAGAGGAGACMGGGCAUCACCAUCCCUCAGAUGAGAGUCGCUGUCAAACACACACAACAAAACAGUCAGGAUGAGGAAACAGCACCAAAGGAAACGCAUCAGAGGGAAAAGAGAGAGGAGGAUGGGUCUGGCGAGGGAGGGGGUCGUAAGAACCGUACCCUGACGGAGAGGUUGCGUCGCGGCGAGCAUCAGGAACUCUUCACCAGACUCAAACAGGUGCUGUUCAUGGAAAAACUGGACCCCAAGGUCUCGAAGCUUCACCUCCUUUCACAAGCUCUGAAGGAGAUUCGUWCCCUGUCGGUGGACUCRGAGUCUCUGGAGGAGAAGAAAAGGAUGCUSACUGAGAUCCAGUCUGUCUAUGUCAAGGAGAUUACGUACAUUUCUGGGAAGCCAGAGGAGCAGAUCAAGGCCAAGCUGAAGGAGAUCUGGGAGAAGAAGAGAGCUCUGGCUGCCCAGAGAAGAGCAGAUGUGCCCUCUACCUCUGUCUAUAUCUCCUCUACCUGCCAGCUCUCAUCCACCGCCUUCACCCCUAGUCCCAACACCCUGACAGUGUCCCAGUUGUCUCGGGCUAGCUCUCUGGGUCAGGCAGGUGCAGCUAGGGGCUCUGUGAAACCAGUGGCUGCUGUUCUACGCACCGAAAGCGGCAAGAUCAUACUUCCUGCUUCCAUACCAGCAGGAGGAGCGGUCUGCCCAGUGAAGGUUAUGAAGAGACCAUCAACGGUCACCUCCCUCUCCACCACCACCACCUCAGCAGCCAAGGAGGCUGUGGAGAAGGAGUGUACACCCCGGAUUAUCCACCCCUCUCAGCCCCUCUCGCAGACCCCUAGCCCACAGUGCUCUGCGUCUGCCACUGACCCCGAGAAGAAGGACCAGGGUAGAGUGUCUGGGGAGGCUGAGCAGUCCUCAGACAGCCCAGCAGAGGAGAGGCCAGAGGUAGGUAAGGAGGAACCACAGGCCCCUGUCUGUAAUGGAUCCAUGGAAGAAGAGACGUCCACAGAGAAAGACAACAUAUCAACUCCUACAGAGAAGAAGUCCCUUAUCAAUAGAAACUUGAUCAAUAGGCUUUCUGUUAUGAAGUAUCCCCUCGCGGACAGCGCUCCCCUAAACAGUGUCAUCUGGAGGCCAUUGGAGAAACCGCAGGCGGUGGGUGAGCGCGAUCCAGGAGGCUGGGGCCUGUCUCUGACCAAGGGAGAGGCAGCCGUACUGGUGAAGGCUCUCUCUGAACACGAGGGCAUAGAAGUGGGACGGAAGGGAAAGGAUAGUGUGGUCACACCGAAGCGCAAGGAUAACCUGGUCCAACACAAUGGAAAGAAGAGCUCUGUGACACUGAAGGGCAAGGGUAGCUCAGUCACACAGAAAAGAAGGGAUAGCUCAGAACUACAAAAAGAACAGGAUAGCACAACGUCUCAGAAAGAAACGAACAACUUGGUCCCACAAAAAGGAGAGGAUAGCUCGGGCCCACCGAAGGAAGAUUAUAGCUUGAUCACUCAGAAAGCAAAGGACGGCUUGGUGACAUCAAAGGAAAAGGAUUGCUGGCUGACACAGAAGGGAGGGGGAGGCUUGGCAGAUGGCUUGGAGGCUCCAACUGUGAAGAGAACACGACGACCACCGCGCUUGGACAUUAAAUCCCCACCAACUGAACAUAUCACUACUACCCCUGUGGCAACGACUGGGGGUGGCCCGGCCAACGUUACACAAGCCACGGGUAGUGCRCGUACCCCAGUGUCUCGACCUGGGGGUAUUCUUGUGACUGACACCGGGGAUGGUGAAAACCAACUAACCCCAAGGGAACCUACGAGGCAGGGUAGGACUCCUAAAGUACGACGGGUUGGGGUUACUACUAGUCCUGUGGUGAUGACUGGGCCUGGAGGUAACUCUGCCAAAGUGACUCCAGCUGGGGGUAACCCUGUGAAGAGAGCUGCCAGUAGCCCUGCCACUCGGGGUAGGCCUCCUAAAGUACGGAAAGCUGGAGAUAGCCCUAGCCCAGCCCCUGGGACUCGGGCUGGGUUAAGCCCUGUGGUGAAGACUGAUGGCAGCGCAGCCAAACCAACACGGGGAGAUAGCCCGGCCAGGACAACCCGAGCUGGGGUUAAUAGCUCUGCAGCAAUGACUAAAGGAAGCCCGGGUAAAACACCACAGGCUAUGGGUCGGCCUGGAACACAGCCUGUGACCCGCUCUGUCGGGGGGAAGAGGACAAUGAGGUCUGACAAGGCCUAGUGGAGCUGAGACGAAGGCUGCAUUUCCACACUGCCUCCAUUGGUGCAUCUCGAUACAGUGUGGCUCAGUUGGUAGAGCAAGUCUACUGUAAGUCGCUCUGGAUAAGAGUGUCUGCUAAAUGACUCAAACGUACAGUAGUUGUCUACCUCGUUUCCUCUCCCUUCACUCCAAGGAGGAUACAUUUCAGCCUAGUUCCAACCAGAGGAACAAGGGAAUCAUACUCAACACGUCACGUCAACAGAUGUGUCAUUAACUAACUGUCAUUAAAGGCUGCACUCAGGUCCAGUAAUCCCAUUGAGACCGCCACAUGUGCCUGUUCACAAAUCCAAAGGACCCUGGACAGUUGUUUGUGUGAGUUAACCCCGUCGCAUCUUUAGUACUCAUUUGCCUGCCUGCCUGCCUGCCUACUCGUGAAUACACAACAAAGCAGACAAUAAUUUACACCUACAGGACAGUCAGUUUUCAGAACAUCUCUAGUCAUUGAGCGAAACGUUAAAUGAAUGAACUGUAUGCAUGUAUUGAAGGUUUGGCUGCUGUUUCAGUAGUUGUACAUGGGACAUUAGCCCCAUGUUGGGGUGAAUGUGGGAUGUCCUACUUUUUUGGUGAAGUCAAUAUUGUUAUUAUGUUGUAGAAAGUUGAUUACUUCUGUUAUUUAAUCAUCAAAGUAAUUGUUGAAGAUAAGUUCUAGGGAAGGUCUGUACAAAAAUUAUGAACUUGCAUGACCACAAAACAGGUCAAUUACUUUCUGGUCCAUUUUAAAGUUACCAAUAGGCCCUAAUCUUUGCAGCUGAAAAUCAUUGAUUUCAGAUACAUCAUUCAUGUGUUUGUUCAUUUCAGAAAACCCUGUAAAUGUUAUUUCUAUGCCACCGUAAAGACGAUGUAUUAUAGCAGCGCUUGUUGUGUACAGUCCUUUUAAAUACACUCUUAAUUUCAUUACCAGGCUUUUGGGAGUUCUCAUAAUUAGUACUUUUAAGUCUUUAGCGAAUAGAAUUUCUACUAUUCCUUUUAUUAUUUCUACACAGUCACAACCAUAAAUAUUAAACUUUUAAAAGUUAAGUAUUUGAAUUUGCCUUAUGAAUUGCUUCCCUGUCUGUUUUACAAUGGACCUCCUCGUUCAAUGAUUCUCAUGUCUGAUUUUUGAGGAAUUUAUGCAUAACAUGUCAACAUUUUUGUUAUUUGACUUGUAGUCAAAAGACAUUUGUUUCAAUCUUGUGUGUCAAACAAUCACGAUUAAAGCCUACUGUGAGUGUGUGUGUAUAUACAAAUACUCUUUGUAAAUGUUUGUCUGACUUGAGUGUUGAAUAAUGCUCCUCGAUGCAUUUGUUUGUAAAGAAAUGACUGCUAUGUCAGUCACAGAUGUGCUGGCACGAUACUGUGGCCUUGAAAAUGAAUUAAGCCGUAUACAUUUCUUUGGUGUGGCGGCAGUUGUAACCUGCACGAAACGCCACGAGGUGGUAGAACAGUAUCGAAUGUGGAAUA